AUGAAGCGAUCGACAAGAGCCAUGCCCGUAGCGGCACUCCUCCUUGCUGCGGCCAACGCGCAGACUACGACUGUUGUCAACGACCCCGCCGACACCGACGCCACCACCGUCUUCUACUCUGUCUGCCCAACCGCCUUGACGACCACCACCACAUUGUCGAGCACCAUCACCUUCACCUGCCCUGGCGGCCAAUGCCCCGGCGGUCCAGUUAUCACUGCUCCACCCAAUCUGGGCGGCCCAAGGACCACUGAGAUCCUCGCCUUCACCACAACCCUUCCCGAUGGAUCUGUCCAGGAAAUCCACGAAUACAUCACCAUGUAUCCCGCCAUCUGUAGCGGCGGAUCAUCUAUUGGACAAGCCACGUACACCAUCACUAAAGCAUGUCCAUGUGAAGCGACCAGAAACCCGGCAUCUGUUCCUGCAGGCUUCACCACCACUGUUACGUCUUGCGACGUCUGUCAUCAAGGCGGACCUACCACCAUGACCAUGACCGUGCCAUGCACCACCGGUCCUUACGCCACUGUCACUCCAGAGAUUGGGCCUACAGCUGCUGCUGGUGCUGGCGCCAAUGCCUAUGCCGAAGCCGCUGCAAGUGCUGGCGCUAGUGCUGCUGCUCAGGCGGGUGGCUCAGGCUCAUCUGGCUCUGGUACUUCCAGUUCUGGGUCGUCCGGUAGCGAUGCUAAAGCUGCUGCCGACGCCAAUGCCGCUGCGAACGCUCAAGCUGGAUCAACCGACACCACAGGUGCCGCAGGCGCAAACUCAGCUUCAAGCGGCAACUCUGCUGGCGGUACCAAGUCAGCCGGCGGUGGCAGCAACGCCGCAGCAAACGCAGGUGCUAAUGCCUCGGCUAACGCUGCCGCCGGUGCCGGAGCCAACCGCGGCAAUCGGUACGACAAUGGCACUACAAGUGGUAACAGUACCAUCUCGCCGCCAAUCACUCCUGUGGCUCCCGGAGGUGCCUCGCAAAGCCAGUUCACGGGCUCUGCGGACAAAGCCGGCUUUGCUGUUUCCGGCGUGCUGGCUGUCGCUGUGGGCUGCCUAGCGUUUAUGCUGUGA